CCAGUGCUCUGUAGCUGUAUACCAUGAUGACACUAACAUGGACAACUGUUACCACAUCAACUGUCCUGACCCUCAGACCUGUGUGUACCAGGAGCUGGCAGGAUACACGCUCGCUGUCAUCAGUAGGGCUAUACCACAGGUGGAGGCACUGGGGGGGACCACUACAGAAAAACCCUCCACUGUGACCACUAAGACAACCAGCACCAAGGCCCCAGAGGUGAUACCACAGGAACGUAUGUUCAAUGAGAAACAGCAGGAAACAAGUACUGUAACAACAAAGGCACAGGCUAAACUAACCACUGAACAGCCUAGCACAGCUGCAAAACAACAAACAACUACUGCAAAACAAGAGACGAAUCCUGCAACUGAAGGGCAACAACAGACAACGGCACAACCAAAACCAACAGGGUCACAACAAGAACAGACGUCGACCAAGCCAUCCACCCAGCUGACAACCAUUACAAGAACCACGACCACACCCAAGUCACUCACAACUCAAACCUUCACACAGAAGCAAACAACCAAGACGGCCACCACCACGACUACUACAGUUGUUAGCAAGGCCACAACCAAAGUUGAUGAGAGCGUGCAGACAACACAGGCAAGCAAAACUCCAGAGGCAGCUGUGGAGGAAGUGAAGCAAACCACAGAGCCAGUGGUCGCGCCUACACAAGCCCCGACAAGCAAGGUCCAAACCGUACCACCUACAAAUCCACCAGAAACGCAGAAGCCUUCUCCAAGCCCUCUGCCCAGUACUAAACCAACCACCACAACGUCAAAGAAAACGCAAGCGGUUACCGUCAAGACCAACCCAGUUCCAGAAGCAACCGUAGCUCAAACCAAAGCCAGCAGCACUGGAAAGAGUCCUGAUGUUACAGCAGAGGAUACACAGCCACCUACAACCAAACCUACAGCUGCAGUUACAACCAAAAAGUUGAUGCCUGGCAGUACUGCUAAAGGCGAAGAAGCUCUUACACAAGCUAGCCUGGUACAGGGCACCUUAGGGCCACAAGUCGCCAACAGAAAUGAGUCGGUUUCAACUGCAGACAAGAUGGGAAAGUCGUCGUAUGGUUCCCUCAUCGUGGCCAUGUGUUUCGGACUCCUGUUCCUGUUCGCGGUGGUUGUCGUUGUUGGAAAGAGAUGGUACGAGAGUUGGCAGAGACGACACUACUCAAAAAUUGACUAUUUAAUCAAUGGCAUGUAUAAUUAACUAGCCUCCAAGACUGACACAUAAGCAAACUUCUCUUUACAUGUACAUAGCCUAUGGUCUAUGUACCAAGCAUGAUUUGUAGUAAGCUUUGUACAUGUUUUUGCAAAAGAUGUAGAUGUUUUCAUACAAGUUACAAGAUUUAAACUCUUUUACUGAUAAUAAUCAGAAAUGUGUGUAUGAUAUCAGAGAUGCCAUGUAAAGAAUGUGCCUUACUAGUACAAUAUAUAUUUAUGAACUUUAAUCAUGACAUUUGAACUUCCUACCAAAAAUAGCCUAAAACUUAU